UAUAUCGAUCAGAAUAUGUCUGCUAAAAAUAUCGAUAUAUCAAUUUAUCGAUAUAUUUUCAACAAGCCUAGUGUUAUCUCGUAUUGUAUCUCUUACCUUAGUAGUUUGUGGAUGUGCUAUAAUGUGCGCGUUUCGUAGAUAUACAAUUUAUUAAUAAUCACUAUAUUUUGUUAUCAUUAGCUAACAAAUAUGUUUGUAAUUUGAACGCCGUUAUGCAUUCUCGAGGCUAAAUUAUCUGUAGGUAUACAAUAAUCUUAUCUGGAGUAUAUUCGUCCUAUCCUUGCAUUUAAAAAGUAGUGCUUUAGUGGAUUUUUACACGUAAAUAUGGAUACUCUAAGGUGCUAUUUUGUGACUUGGAAUGUGGCAACCAAAUCACCUGGACAGGAUCUUAAUUCCUUACUGGAUUUUCCUUCACAAUAUAACAAAAAUAAACCCUUACCAGAUUUUUAUGUAUUAGGCUUGCAAGAAGUAAAAUCUCAGCCCCAAAACAUGUUGAUGGAUUCUCUGUUUACUGAUCCAUGGACUUCAUCUUUCAAUAAAAUCCUUUGCCGCCAAGGAUUCAUCAUUGCAAAAAGUACUAGAUUGCAGGGCUUGGUGCUACUUGUUUACACACAUUUGAAGCAUGUGAUGCAUCUCAGAGAUAUUGAGGCACAGUAUACAAAAACUGGCCUAGGUGGUAUGUGGGGUAACAAAGGUGCAGUGAGCGUGAGGUUCAACAUCUACGGUUGUUCCGUGUGUUUCGUGAACAGCCACUUGACUGCACACGAUCACCUAUUAGCGGACCGUAUCAACGACUACAAUGCCAUCAUCAAGCAACACGAAUACCACGCCGGCGAAACCACCAAUAUACUGUAUCAUGACUAUGUAUUUUGGCUUGGCGAUUUAAACUUCCGGACUGACCAUCCUCCAGAUGACAGUCCUACGGCUGAGGAGAUUGUGGAAGCGCUGAACACAGUUGAAAAGGACAAAUAUUCUAAUCUAUUGAAGCAUGAUCAAUUAUUGGCUGUGAUGGAGACGGGAGAAGCAUUUUCUGAGUUUGUAGAACCGGAAAUCCGUUUCCCGCCAACAUACAAAUUCUCUAUUGGCGGUGACGAGUAUGAUGUCAAACGGAAACCCUCUUGGACCGACAGAAUUCUAUACAAGGUGAUAGCUAAUAACUACGAGAAUGUCACUCUGAGAGUGGACCUGUUGUCCUACAAUCAUAUGCCGCACUACACUGUCAGUGACCACAAACCGGUGGUCGCUCUCUACAGUAUCAAGAUCCGGCACGGUUUCACACGCUCGGUAGUAGAGGAAGCUCCGCCCCGCGCUAGGUCCGGGAUAAGGAUGCGUUCGGCAAUAGUCAUGACGGAAGCGACGGAGGAAAUUACAGCAUGCAGCAUGCCGUUCGUAGCCAUUGACGACCAAGGCAGUAACGUGAUAGGGGUCGAUGCUACGGACUAUUCGACCGGAAACGGUCAAAGCGGAGAGGAGACACAGGCGUUCUCGAACUACACGGAGAAGAUAGUGGAGUUCGCACCUAUCAGCCGGAUAUGGUAUAUAGGUGAUGCGGACUUCAGGACACAGUGUACUUUGUCGCCCGAUGUCGAAGUUCAUCCCAACGACUGGAUCGGAAUAUACGAUGCUAACUUCUACAAUCUGGACGAUUACAUCGCGUACGAGUAUCUUGCCAAAGUUAGUUUGCCUCACGCGCCUUCUGCCCCGGGCCAGCCUAGGACCAUAACGCUCCGUUUCCCAGUCGGCAGCGGAGUGAGAACGCCUGGAUUCUAUCGGUUCAUUUACUUCAGUCAACCGAAUAGUGACGUCAGAAGUGUCUUGGGUAUAUCGGAGCCGUUCGAAGUUAGCAGUAAAGAGGAUAGCCUGGUAACCGUAGAUCCUUGCGACCAAGCAUCAACCAGUUCUUCACCGGGCCGUUCUAAGCCUUCCAACGCUAACUCUGACAUAUUUACCGACUUCACUGGAUUGGACGUUGCCAAGUUAUCAAGGCACUUCUCAAACGACCUGACCUUCGACUGACUAAAGACCUACCUUCCGGGGUCACCGGCCAAUGGAAGAAAGAAAGACGUUGUCUAAGUUUUUGAACGAUAAUGAACUCUAUUUUAAAAAAAAUAAGGGUCUGUUUCAUAUUGACGUUGUGAUACAAGUUUUGAUUUGAUCUUUCGUCACAUAUUAUUGGAAGGUGUCUUUGUGUAAAAAUGUCAUUUUUAAUAUUUUUUUACACCUUAAAGGUUAGAAAUAUUUUUUAUUUCGCUGGUGUUAUUUUUCAUGUGUUUUUUCCAAUAUACGGUUCUUGGUACUUAUUUAAUAGCUGAUAAGAUAACAUCACUAUCCUGUUAUCUAUAAAAUAUAUACGUUAUUCUACACAGGAAUGAUAUAAAUCAAAAUUGCUUAGAAAAAUGAGGUCCACUUGCACCAAUUUUUUUUAUUCUAUGGCUUAAUCGUGUUUAAAACAUCAUUCUAUCUUUGCCAUUUAUUGAAAGUUAAAUAAAGAUAGAAUGAGGCUUAAAUAUGAUUAGCUUUUAAAUUUAAAUUAAGAAUUUUGGUGAAAGUGAGCCUUAAUAUUAUAAGGUUAAGGAGUAUGAAAUUCAACAUGACAAUAGCCUAAUACGAUUAAGAUUCAUAUUUAAGAUAUCUUAUUAUAUUUAUCGGCAAAUAUAUUCAUUGUACCUACAAUAUAUUUAUAUAAAUAUAGAAAAUUAACCUGUCUGGAAAUUAGACAAUGUCACAAAUGAUAACAGUAUUAUUUACAAAAAAAAACACAUCUCAUCUACCAAAUAGUAAAUAUAAUUCUGCAUAAUUGGGGUUGUAUUUAAAGUAUUAAAGGGGUUGUUAAAUCAAUACUUACCUAUUUCAAUAGUUACAUAUAAGCUGUAUGUAUAUAUGUAUAUUUACAAAUGAUAUAACAUGUAAACUGCUUGGUUCUUUGUAUAAAACAUGGAAAAAAUAAGGGCCCAUUCAUAGCAUUCGUGGUUAAUAUAAGUUUAAUAGUUACUUAUUAUAUUAUCGCAUAUAAGAUGGGCAUGGUUAACUAUGUAACAGUGUUAAAAAGGUUGGUUAUUAGAUGCAGCUAUUAGUGGUAGUAAUUUCACAAGGUACCUACCUUAUUUUUAUUGUUAUAUAAAAAGCUGCAAAUAAUCUGUACUUUGCACUAUGUAUGAUCACUAAUUGGUGCAAUAGUUAUUGAAAUAAAAAGAAAAGUAUCUCACUAAAAAACGAGCGAGCCUUAUAGUAGUCGCGUAUGAUGUGUAACAUUUAAAACCUCACCUUAUAUUAUAAAAAAAAAAACCUACUACAAAAGGAAUAAGCCAUUUGAACAUUAUAUUCUAAAAUCAAAUCUAUUUGAUUAAAUUAAAUGGCUUUCGCGCGCGCUUUCGCGACUUCCUGUUGCAUACUUCCAUCCCAUUUCACGAAAUCACUCCCACAAAUUGCGGAAAAGCGAGAGCAAAGAUGUUACACAUCAAUAAGAACAACUCGAUGUAAAAGAACUGUAAUUACACCCCAACCAAUCCAAUUAAAUGUUUUAAACGAUUGAUAAGGGCGAAUGUUAAAGGCUUCUUAUUAAAUAUGUAUAGAUGUGUCGUUUACUAUAUCAUAUCGUGCUAGAGCUUAACCGAAUUGUAACUACAUUAUUGUAUUAAAUUAUACCAGUACAUAAAAUACCUAUUCAGUACGUAAGAUUUUGGAAAUAAGGCUUUUGCUAAUAUAGGAAAAUUGUAAUGCCUUAUAUUUUUUACGGCCUGUUUCAAUAAUCAAUAUUACAGCUUAAUUGGGGAAACAGUUUUUAUUGGAGCUUGAUUAUUGAAACGGACCAUUAGGGUUAUAUAUUCUAAGAUAUAAGCUGUUGAUGUUGUUUUCUAUUGUUGCAAUAAUCUUCUUACUGACAUCGCGACAGAGAAGUUUUUAUUUAAGAUAUAUCCAUUUCUAUAAAAUAUAUCCAAGGCGUCUCUCUUCUUUUGAUAAAAUAAUUUCUCAUAUGCACAGGUGAAAUUUCACUAACGGAAUAGAAGCUAUAUUAAUUAAUACGCUUAGGCCCACUUACACAAAGUCCUUAAAUGAAAUUAAAAACGAGAUCUGAUUUAAGGCGCCUUACAUCACUUAUGAAUUCAUAUAAUUAACAUUAAAUAGAUAAAUACUUUUGUUUGGUGAUUUUGUAGUACAAUACGAUUUUAAUAGUUCUAGUUUUUGAGUAAUGUAGAGGGUGUAAUGGUAGGCAUAGUAAUAAAUAUACUAUUUAUGUACUUAUAUGAUUAAAUAGAAGUCCAUAUUCUGUUCAAAAUAAACCAGUUGAUUACCAAUGAUUAUUGAAUCAGAUAAUGAAUACAACUCGACAAUUUAUAAAUAUUAAAGUAAUAGAUUUUAAAUCAUAAUGAACUUGUCGAUGUAUUAUUUUUUAUCGUUUCUUUAAGAUUUAUCACUAAACGGCAAAUUCAUUUUAUAAGUUUAAAUUUUAGCAGUUUUAAUGCAAAGACUACGAUACUAUAAUCGAAUUAGUGAAUGAUGCCUAAUAAUUGCAUUCCUAGGAAAAUCGAGCUUUAAAACAUUUUGGUUGCGUAUUUUAAAAUUUACUAUAACUGUUGUUAAAUUGAGUUUUAUUUUUGUAAGAUUUUUAUACCUUUUACCCUUUCAAAGACAAUGAAUGUACUUGCAUUAUUUAUAAUAAUUUUUCAAAAGCAAGAUUGGUGUAAAUACUUUUACUGUUCACAAAGAAAAAAGGUGAAAAGUUGAGUUCUUUUCAUCAUUUCAUUAAUUCUAUGUUCUAUAAGUAGUUUUAUACACCAGGCGACUUUGGUGCAUUAAUUACGAGAUUGGUGUGGGUAAUGUUUCAUUGCAAUAAGAGUCAAAUUUGCAGUUCCAGCCUGUUUAUAUUCUUGACUAUAGUGUUUCUGCUGUAUUGUUUUUUAAUAACCACGUUGAAUAAUAUUAAAUACUAGCUGUGCCCCGCGGUGUUACCCGCGGUUUAUUAGGGAUAUUUUCCCGCACUUAAACGUAGUCUAUGUGUUAAUCCAGGGUGGCAGCUAUCUCCAUAUCAAAUUUUAUUAAUAUCGCUACAACCGUUUAGACGUGAAGAAGUAACGUGUAGCGUGUAUGUUACACACUCACAAACUUUCGCCUUUAUAAUAUUAGUGUGAUAAAUGGUUUUUAAGGAAGGUGUUAUGUUAAGUAUAUUGUCUGUAUGUAAUUAGUAACACAAUGUAAUUAGCUGAUAUUCUAGGACUGUACUAUCGCUUAAUUUUGCGCUCUGUCACUUGGCAAACAAAAUGCUUUGAACGGUUUUCUACAGUAGUUUUUACUACGCCCCGCCUUCGCGUCGGACGCGCCAAUCCGGGCCGCCGCACAAAAGUAAGACAGAGAACAUUUCAUUGAUUGAAUAAUGAAUUGAAUUGCAUUUGUUUUAGUUGCAAUUUGUCAUCCGCAUCUUGAUCGCGACAGCGCUAUACGAAAAAGUAAGACAGCGAUAAUUACAUGUCUAUGAAUGAUUUUACUACGCCGCUACCGCAAGCGAUUAUGGCAUUAUGGGUGACAGAGCGGGUCUUUCCGCGAGUGUACCUACAUUGAUUAAUGGAAAAAUCGUAUUUACAAUUACAUGUAGAAAAAAUUGCUUGUAUAUCAAAAUAUAGCAUUGUCUUCCAUGAUCAAUUUACCUUGCAAGCCUCUUCAGUACUUUUGUUUAAUUUAUAUAUAUAAAUAUGUAUAAACUUUUGUUUGUUGACCACUCUUAUUGCUAUUAUAAAUUAGGCACACAUUAUUAGAAUUUUGUAUAAGUACAAUACCGAAUAAUAUUCGGUAUUCCUUAUUUUAAUAUUGUAAAAAGGAAGCCUAAAUAAACUAACAGCAAUGAUAUAAUUGGGCCUAAUUUUGGCAAAUUUCUCUAACCCUAAUUGUAUGUGCUAUUUUUAAUUUUGAGAGCAGUAUGUCCUUAUCCUGUCCUAUAGGGAAUGAAAAGAAGAUACUGUCGUCAAGUUUACAAAUGACAACACAAAGACGUGUGAAGUGCCGGCAUCAAACAACAAAACCGGUAUACAGGUACUUUACAUGCUCUCAAAAGAGUGAAUUGGAGAGAAUUGCUGUCAAAUUUAGUUAUUAUAAAUUAAGAAACAUAAUGGCGUCGAUGCUGGCAGAAUUCUCUAAAUAUUAACUUAAAUUUGACAAAGUGUAUCCUUGUCAUUCUUUAUACAGAAUGAAAACGAGAGACUGAUGUUUAAUUUAUUUUAAGUUUGGAGAAUCAUGCCAGAAUCGACACCAAUGCCAGAGUUAGGCUGUGUGUUAUUUUAAUUUUAGCUCAAUGUCUUGCUCAGUUACGAAGACAAUAAAAAUCCCAACAAUAAAAGUAAUCUUAUAAGGUAAGAAUAUAAGUCCAUCAAUAACGGUCCUUUAAAGGCAAGACUGACCUACAAAACAUAGGUCAGUCUACUUUUACUAGUAAUAGCAUUUCACGGGCGUAGUUAUCCUCAGAAGCAUUUGAUUUAAUAUAUCAGUCUUAUAGUUGACUACAAGAUUAUAUUUACGACACUUUUAGGAAUAGGUCUCCUAUAAUUGAUCGCAGUAAGAGUAAAUAAACCUGAAUCCUUUUGGUCCUAUAGUAGCAUGUCGUGAGAGAACAAGAUAUCAUAACAUACUUACCUGGAAUCACUAUAGUUUGCACUAUUUACAAUCUUGCUCGAGCUUCUUUAAAAUCUAAUAUUACUAAUUAGAGCGUUCUACGAUAAAAAAGUAUAAAAGAUAUCAUUGCAAAUUUAGCCGAGAUCACUAUAAGUUUGCGCAGUUUACAAUCUCGCUCAAGCUUCUUUUAAAUCCAAUAGUACUUAUUAUAAGCAAAUUUAGCCGAGAUCACUAUAAGUUUGCGCAGUUUACAAUCUCGCUCAAGCUUCUUUUAAAUCCAAUAGUACUUAAUAAAAGACCACUAUAAGGAAAGUAAAUCGUAUUAGCUGCUUGAUCAAUCACUUUAUUAGUUAACGAACCCUAAAUUGUUUUAAAACGGCGGCGAGUUAUCCUGCCUGAAGCUGUUACAAUACAAUCACGUACAGAAUUAUAUUAUAGAGGUUAGUAACAUUUUAUAAGUUGAAUUUAAGAAAGUUCUAAAAAUAAACGCUCCUAUAACUGCGCUCAAAUCCAGCUUUGUGGUAUGAUACAAGUUUCUUUUCUUAUAAGUGAAAAUAAAAAUAAUCUUGAGAUCGUUUUAAGUACUAAUUUUGCUCCUUGGAAUUAAUUAUCCCUAAUAGUUAAUGUUUGUUGUUUUGUAAAACUUUAAUAACUUUUAAAUUAAAUAUUAUUUAUGGUUAAUGCAGUUAUUGGAUUUAAUUAAAUCUAAUCAAUCAACACCAAAGAAAAAUGUCUUUAUUUAAAAAUUUGUUGAUGUUUGAGUACCUAUAUUAUAUACAUUCUGGAAUACUUGUUACGAAAUGUUUUGAAAUACAUCGAGAAAGACUAGAAUUGAAUUUGAAAUAUUAAAACUGAUUAAACGCAAAUAUUUCCUAUUACAAAGUAAUGUAGACAAUAUGUUCCCACCAAUGCAUCUAUGACAAAAAGUUAUGUUUAAUAAAUUUAUUGGUUCAUUUAGCUUUAAACACUACUGCUAAAAUGUUAUAGUAAUAAUCUUGACGAAUUAUACGUAAAAUAGGUAAUGAAUUGCAUGAAAAGGAGAUGGUUCAAAAGUGGUAGUCGGUUUCCGACAGCGACGAUACAUAAAUCAUUUGAAAGCUUGUUUUAUAUUAUAACAUAAACAGUUUUUUUUUUAUCUUCGAUUAAUUUUAAAUCGUGUUCCAAAAAUUGUAAAAUUUUGUUGGGAUGCUGGCCAUCCUGUCAUAAUUACAGUCAUAUUUUUAGUGUGUGGCAACUUAAAACGUCUACUCAAUCACUAUGGAAAUGUCAACAAGUCUAUUCAUGCAUAAUAUUCGUGAAAUCGUGUUUAUAGCAAUAUCUGAUUGAUUCUUCUUGAAAUAGGAAUACCCAGAAAAUACCUCACAAUGUCAUAAAAGAUGAACAGAAUCAUUAUCACUACUUUAGUUACCAAUUGAAUAGAAUACAUUUGAUACUUUGGCAACGAAAAAUAGAUAAAUAAACUUGCCAUUUGCCAAUAAAUAAUUAUAUAUAUACUUAUAUUUAAAUAUCUAGCCUUACAGUGCUUACUUUGGCGCUAGGCUAAUUGGUUUGAGUGUUGGAAAUAUUUAUUUAUAUUAUAAAAAUUAUUUUAAAAAAAAACGGGUAUUAAACAAAUUCUAGUAUUUUGCCAAACUAUUUAAAAUUAAGUGCCCCAAGUGUCACAAAAUUAGAGUCUUCUGAAAACUGACUACCAGCCUCCAUACUUUGAACCGUCUACUUUUCACGAAUUGCAUAUAAUAAAAAUAAUGGAGUUAUAAAAAUAUGGCAAGGUGGUGCACCUUGUAAACAUUCGUAUGUUACUAUAAUGCCAGCACUUCAUUUGGCUGUUCGUGUUGGCUAUUUGUAAACUUGACAACAGUAGUUCAUGAAAAGGACAGACUGAUGUCAAGUUUACAAAUAGCAAAGACGAAUAGCCAAGUACUGGCAUGAAACAGCGAAUUUACGUAGAAACCUCUUCGAUGAAUUAAAAUUAUAUUAUCAAUCGGCACUCCUAUUAAUUAUAAUUGUUACACCGAUUUUGUUUUUAUAUCAUUAAGAGUGAUAUCAUACUUAUUAUAUACUGUUUGAGGCAUAAUGAGAUAUGAACGUGCAAAUAAGGCUUUCAGUGGCCUAAGCACGAAUUUUUGACAGCUCCGUAACAUAUCGUAUCGUCAAAGUUUCUAUGAAAACCAAGCAACGUACCUAUCGGACGAAAGAAAAAACUAUUUUUGUGCUGUAGAAGAGAGCUAUUCGAUCAAUUUAUAAUAUUAAAGUUAAAGAAUCGUUGUUAAGAGAUAAGUUUAAAGAAUUUGGAAUAAUGACGGUCGUAUCACAAUACAUAUACGGAAAUUUAUUACUUGUAAGAAAAAAUAUUAAUUUGUUUCUUAAAAACAGUGAUGUUCACACACUUAAUAUAAGAAACAAAAAUAAACCAACUUUACCUGCUACUAGGCUUCACAAAAUUAAUAAUUCAUUUAAAGGUCUUUGUGUUCGUUUAUACAAUAAAGUCCCAAGCAAUAUCCAAGAGUUAAUCAUUAAUAAAUUUAAAGAUAUUAUAAAAAAAGCACUUAUUAAAAAAGCUUAUUACAAAGUGUCUGAUUAUAUUACAGACAAAAAUGCUUGGGUUUGAACUAUUCCAAUCAUUCCAACAGGUUUUCUAUAUUAAAUAAAUCAUAAUUGUAUUGACGUUGUAACAACAUAGUGAUUUGUAAAUGUUGUUAUAUUAGACUUUCAAUGUUGUGGAGCUUUUUUAGCUGGUUUUUUCCGCAGCUAAAAAAUAUGUCAUAUAACGAGUGGUAGGGAAAAAAAUUUUGGAAAAUUCAAAAGAGUUGUACUAUACAUUGAAUAAAGAUAUAUUGAUUUCUGAUGACUAGCUUUUACCAUACAUAAUUUGACGACGACGAUACGUUACGGAAUUCGUGCUUAUAAUAUAGCACUGAAUUAAUAAUAUUGCUUGCAAUAAAUAAAGUUCAAUAGGUACGUAGUGAGGUUAAGUGUCACUUGACAAAUAAUUUUUAAUAUUCUUAUGAAUUACGUUUAUAUAAACAUUCAAUAUUUUAUUCUAGAUUUGGGUUUUGCAUUUUUAGUGACAAGAUUAUAUUCUGUAAAGCAUUUUGAGCAUUUCAAUUCGGUCUAUUAUUUUAUUGCCCAGUUUUAUGCUGCAACUAAUCAAAACUUAAUUUUCAAGGUUGAAAUAUGAAGUGGUAAAUAGCAGUAUCUUAUAUAUAUGUUUUUUUCUGUAUCUUAUAUAUAUGUUUUUUUCUGGUUGGUAAAAUAAACAUUGCAAUUAAAUGGUACGUUGUAAACCGUUAUUUGCCGAGUUACAUUUUGCUAAAGAUAAUUUGUUGAACAUUAAGGACCCACCUUUAUGUAAAAUCCUUUUAUUGUACAGUGUGCAACUAGGUGAAGUUUUGCAAAACUUUCUAAUUUCUCCAACAUAUUUUGUGCUUUAUCCUGCUCGAUAUAAAACCUACAAUUGAUGUAGAAAACUUGACCAGAUUUGUUCGCUGUACAGUAUUGGAUUCUGUAAGUGAGAUUGCCAAUGUUUUUUUUAAUGAAGUACAUAACUUGCCAUAAUAAUAAUAAGUCAUAACUAAAUAACUUGCUCUUUAUUUCUGCUGACACUGCCUUCACUAAAGACUUCGAUGCUGCUAAAUGUGUUGUCUCCGCUUGUUUCUAUAGUUUUUCUUGACACAGUUUUUGCAAUAAUAAUCUCCUAAGCAAUUAUAUUUUGUUAAAAAGUAGACAUGAUCAUUAAUCUAAUAUUAGUAGAUGUAUUGCAUACUAUUAGAAAUAUGUUCAUGGUAAUUUCGAUUUGAGGUCGGCCGGAGCGGACAUUUUCGAAGCUAGCAAAAAUGAAUUCUGUGGACUAAUGUUAAAGUAUAAUUGUGAAAGCAGAAAGUGCCAUUGAUAUUUUUUUGGAAUCAAACAAAGUCAAACUUUGACAUGGCUUCGUAGAAAAAAAUUUCAAAAAAUCUCGCUUUCUGCUUAACAACGCUCAUUAGUGAGCUUAAAAUGACUUGCUUAGGGAUCAAAACAAUGAAGGCGAUCUUGCCAACUUACGCCCUAAUUGUCUAACUUUAAAUACCAUUGCGACACGGUUCAAUGAUCAAUAGAUAUAAUUACGCACUUCAAUCCAUUUUUCAUUGACAAUCUAGUGAUUGAAGUUUUAAAAUAUCUUUCAAAUGUCUAAACGAAACCUUCCAGUGUCGUGAUAGAGUUGCAGUUGAACAAUUAGGGUUCAGUGUAUAUAAAUUGCAGUAGCACAAUGACUGAAUUUUAAGUCAUUUUUAUAGUUAUUGGCAAAUGUUUACAUUGUAAUUUAGAUGCAAUUUAAUAAGAUGCAAUAUAACCAUUAAUAAAAUCUACAAAUUUUAGUACAAAAAGUUUAAUUUGUAGUUGUUGUCACUAUAGUUGUGUUAAUUUAUGUGAAUACAAUUUAUUUAG